AUGGAAUUAAUUUCACAAUUAACCGAUCGUUUAUUAUUUGCCAUUCCAAAAAAAGGUCGUCUUCACGAACAUUGUAUUUCGCUGUUAAAAGGGGCUGAUAUAAACUUUAAUAGACGCAAUAGGCUUGACAUUGCCUUAGUGCACAACUUACCAGUAGCCAUUAUAUUUUUACCAGCAGCCGAUAUAGCAAAAUUUGUUGGAGAAGGCAAUGUAGAUUUGGGCAUAACGGGCCAAGAUAUGGUUGCAGAAUCAUUGAUGUCUGAAAAAGUUGAAGAAAUAAUUGAAUUGGGGUUUGGCAAAUGUAAGCUUCAAGUGCAAGCACCUGUCAGAAAUCAAAUCAAAGAUGUUAAAGAGUUGGUUGGUAAACGAAUGGUUACAAGUUUUGAAAAUUUGACUGCAAAAUAUUUUGAGGAAUUGGAUAAUCAAUAUUUAAGUAAAGAGGAAAGAACUGCUGGAAAAAAAACUAAAAUUGAGUACAUUAGUGGAAGCGUUGAAGCUUCCUGUGCUCUUGGUUUGGCUGAUGCAAUUGAAACAGGCAAUACAAUGAGAGCAGCAGGAUUAGAACCAAUUUCAACAAUUUUGGCUUCGCAGGCAAUCCUAAUCAAGAACAAACAUCCAAAAAAUCAAUCAUUGAUAAAGUUAAUCACAUCACGUAUAAAAGGUGUCAUUGCAGCAAAAAAAUAUGUAUUGGUGAAUUAUAAUAUCGAACGAAUAAAUUUGAAACAAGCUGCAAUAAUUACACCAGGUAGACAAGCUCCAACAGUAAGUCCAUUAGAGGAUGGUAAUUGGAUUCAGGUACAAAGUAUGGUUUGUAGAGAAGAGAUUGCACAUGUUAUGGAUAAAUUGGAAAACAUUGGUGCUACAGAUAUCUUGGUUCUCAAUUUUGAUAAUUGUAGAGUUUAA